GCACAGGGAUCUUAUUCUGGUUGCAUCAGCCUGUUAAGAGUGCAGUAGAUUUCAGCUGCGAUACCUGCAAUUCAGUUCUCAAUGGGGGAUGCAGAAAAUGCUGUCCCAUCUUCGAAAAAGAGGGUUGCUGGGAGGGAACUCAGUCGGGACAACCCUGGCCUUGAUGAUGAUGCUCCCGAAGAAGAGACCGGGACUUUCCAGAGAGCUAGUGAGGACGUGUUGGCAACUAGAAGGAUUGUUAAGGUGCGUCGAACCCAGCCCCCCUCAACCACCUCCUCUAAUCCUUUUGCUGGGAUCCGUUUGGUUCCUUCAACUGAACUGGCUGCAAAACCAACUACCACAACCACUGCACCACCUCAAUCCGAUGGUGAUGGUGACAAAGCCACUUCGGAAGAGGUAGAUAGCACUGCGACGUCAGAAAAAAAUGAUGUGGACAAAGAAACCAAAGAGGGAGCCGCUCUAAAUGAAGCAAAUGGUACAGAUGAGAAUGCUAAGAAAAACGAAACUAAUGGACAGCUGGAUGGAAAUGUGGCCGAUAAAGAGAAAAACCUCUCUGGCAACGAGCCUACCAAAGCUGAGGAAGGCGACACAAAAGAAGAAAAUGAGAAUGAAGGUAAGGAAGACGAUACACCUGUGGCAUCUGCUCCAUUGAGUUCGUUCCAACAGCUGUCUAGCAGCCAGAAUGCCUUCACAGGUCUUGCAGGAACUGGGUUCUCCAGUUCGUCAUUUUCAUUUGGGUCAAUUCCAAAAGACGGGUCUGCGUUUGGGCUAAAGAAUGAUAACACCUCUUUCCCUUCAUUUGGUAUUGGGAGCUCCAACAAUGGAAGUUCGUCCUUGCAACUCUUUGGCUCCUCUAUGGGAUCAGAUAAAACGAAGAGUGAAGGAAGCAGCCUGCCGUCCAUGCAGGAAGUGCCUGUUGAGACGGGCGAAGAGAAUGAAAAAGCGGUUUUUACUGCGGAUGCCAUAUUGUUUGAGUAUCUUGAUGGAGGGUGGAAGGAGCGUGGGAAGGGUGAGCUGAAAGUGAAUAUUUCUACAGCAGGUGCAGAAAAAGCCAGGCUCGUGAUGAGGGCCCGGGGUAACUAUCGGCUGAUCUUGAAUGCGAGCCUUUACCCGGACAUGAAACUGACAAAUAUGGACAAAAAGGGCAUCACGUUUGCUUGUGUGAAUAGCGCCAGUGGCGAAGGAAAGCAUGGGCUCACCACGUUCGCCUUGAAAUUUAGGGAUGGAUCGAUCGCAGAUGAGUUCCGGGGGGCUGUCACGGCACACAAGGGGAAAAAGGAUGAUGGUUUGAAGACACCUGAGAAUUCUCCAAAGGCCCAUGAUGACUGAAACAAUGGAGAGUGCAGAUUUGAAAAAAGAACAGUUUGAUUGGAAGUCUCAAAUCGGGUACUUGCUGUUAACUUGUCUUUUUAUUGUCAUUUGUCCUUGUCUCAUUGCUCAUUACUCGAUAGCUGAGCUUUAGAUAAUAUAUGUAACACCUCUUUUUAUAUCUAGUCUUUGAUAGAAUGUUCGUCUUUUCAAGUUCA